AUGGCGACGGAGGGUGACGCAGCCGCUCUGACCGCCUCUAGUAUUAAUCAAGAACAAUUGCUGCAUGAGUUGGAGGCAAAGUAUUUGGCGCUCAAAAGCGAAUUUACGCUAGCAGAGAACGAUCGCCAAGCACUAGUGGCGGACAAAGCGGCAGCUUUGGCAGAAGUUGAGCGCAAAACUAAGCUCGCAGCCGAGCGCAAUGAAGAGGCGAAUCAGCUGAAGCAGCAGAUGCUGCAGUUGACCAUGGAGAAAGAUUCCUUGAGUUUUAAGCUGCAGAUGGCCGCUUCGUUGGCCGAGCGCCGACUCUCAGAAACCGAGGAGUUACAGUCUACAGUUAGAGAGCAGAAUCGCCUACUUGUAGAUGUCCAGCGUCAAGAAAUGCAGUCACUCGAACGUGCGAGUCAACAGGAAGCACAAGUGGCGCCACUGACCAAUGCAUUAUCAAGAGCCAAGAAGGAGACAGAAGUAGCUCAGCAACACUCACAGUGGCUCGAAUCUCAGUUAAGCGAGAAGACAAAAAUUAUUCAGGAGCUACGGUUGACUCUGGCCUCACUCACGCACGAGUUGGAAGAGCUCAAGAUUCGCAGUGCAGAGGAGCUUGCAUCAACUAAACGCCAGCUCGAGAGUGCAAGGUUAGCGAAUCAAAAAAUGGAAAACGCGUUGAUCAAAAGCAAAGAGGCCCUUAAAGAGCUGCAAGCUUCCAAGGUGCAUGAUGAGGAGGCAUUGCAAAACGAGUUGAAUGCACAACGCCGUCUCGCAACAUUAUACCAGGAGUCUGCAGACCACGCAACAGCUCGCGUGUCGGAAUUACAAAGGCUGUGUGAUUCGCUGCGUAAGUCGCUGGAUGACUCUGAAAAAGCACUGAUUCGUGAGACAGAGCGCACGAAGGAGCAUGUAGAGCACUUGUUUCGUGAGCAGGCUGAGACGUCCGAGGCUCGUAUCCAGGCUUUACAGGACGAUUUGCAGAAUGCAGAGCAGAGGAUCGAAGAACUCGAACAGAAAAAGAUGCUUACAUUGCAAACGACCAGUGCCAUAGCAGAGCUGUCAACCGCUGCCGGAGAAGCUCACUUAGCUGCCCAUGGGCUGACUCCGAAACAGAUGUUUGAUCAUAUUGUCGAGCUUGAGGAAACACUACAAGCGGAGCGCAAGGAAAAAGAAAAGUUGCAAAUUUACAUGGACCGCAUUGUCAAGGAAGUCCAGGAGAAAGCGCCUGUGCUAAUGGCUUUGCGUCUAGAUCAUGAGCGAACUGUGGCCAGCCACACACAACUGAGCGAGCGGUUGGAGCAUUGCAUGCACGAACUGGUCAAGAGCAAGCAUAACGAGCAGCAGGCGUGGAAUGAAAAAUCAGCGCUCGAAAAGAAGUGCGAGUCGUUUGCACAAAGUAUGGAUGACCUCUCGCGUCAAGUACAGCAUCUGCUUUUUCGUUCGCAAAAGGAACACCAGCAAGUGGACAAUCUAGAGGUCGGAUCCGAGAAUUUAGUCAUCUUUAAGAACGUGGAAGAGUUGCAAGUGCGCAAUCAACAGCUGCUAGCCGUAAUUCGUGAGUUGACCGAGAUGAACAAAUCGAAAUUAGACAAUAAAUCAAGCAAUGGGAGUGACCUUGAGUCGACAGAAACGUCAGCGCACCUGAUAACUACAGGCGACUCAGAUGAAGAAGUAACCGAAAAUGGAAUCCCUGGCGCCAUUCAGAAGCGCUUAUCUGAGGCUCGAAGGGAGCUUCAAGAACUACGUCUUGAGCGUGAGCAGGAGCGUGAAAUGAUAACAGCGAUUGUGAAGCAGCGUGAUAUGUAUCGUAUUUUGUUAGCUCAAUCCGACACGAAAUUUUUUGACGGAAACGAUUCGUCUAGCACAAAAGUGGGCUCUUUUUUUGUAGAGAAAGCCCCCAGCAACCGUAACUCACUUGACCUUAAUGAGAGUACAAAGGUUCGUGAGAUCCAAAUGGAGUUUGAGGACUACAAAAAGGAAAAGCAGGCUAGUUUGAGAAUGUUGCAAGAAAAUUUGGAUCAAGAACACAAUAAAAAUUCGCAGUUAAGACUCGCACAGAUGCAAGCUCAAGUGGAGGCAACCUGUAGCAAGGAGCGCUAUGAAGCUUCGGAGGAACGCUGCACCAACGCAGAGAAUGAAUUGGUGCGUUUGCGGUCCAAGGCUGACCAGUUAAGCUCAUCAAUUUUGCAGCACCAGUCAAUGUUAGCAAAUGUUGAGGCAAAGUUGGAGACUGCAAAUUCGCGUCUGCAAAGUCUAUCUGUUGAAAAAGACUCAGCUGUAUGUGAAGCAACUUAUUUGCGCAAAAAUGAGGAGAAACUGUUGCAAGAGAUGACAACUCUGCGUCUUGACAACACAAAUUUGCUUAAGCUGAUGGAGUCGACGCGUCGUAUGGAGACCGGUCGUGAAGAGCGUGAUCAUCGUGCAAUAGAAACCUUGACGAAGAAAGUGACACUGUUGGAAACAAAGCUACAAGAGACAUACGAGAAAUUGGAUACAAAGGAGGCUCUUUCUGGUGCGCAAGCUCUAGCUGCCGAGAGGGAGAAGCAGGCAGCAUUGACAGAAUUACAAAAGCUAAAGGAGAGACACGGUCAAUUAAAAGAGCAGCUUGUGCGGCUCGAAGAACAGAAGACAGCUCUGGAGAGCAAGUCGACGUUGCUGGAGCAGGAGACCACGCAUCUGCGUGAACAGCUUCGAAAGGGAGCUAACACCUCAGUCAACGAACGUGUCGCGACACUGGAGGUGCAGCUGCGUGAUGCUCAACAUGAACUACAGACAUUGCUUGUAUCAAAGAAGACCUUAGCCGAAAGCGUGAUCAAGUACAAAGCUCUAGCUGAAGCAAAUGACAAGACUUUGAUUGAGUUAUCGAGUGCUAGCGAGAAAUGGAAGCGCAGUGAGGCUGAAAAGGUGCUGGCACUCGAGAAUUCUCGCAAUAGUCUAGGUGCCGAGCUGGAUAAAGCUCGUGCAGAGCUCGCGGAGCAAACUGCAAAAAAUCAUGCCUUGCGCGAAGAAAUUAAUCGAGACGAGCAGACGCGUAAGCGAGCAAUUAGCGAAGCUAUUGAGAAGCAAACGAUGCUGCAGCUUCAACUUGACAAUGCUGUCCAGCAAUUGAACAGUGUACGGGAAGAGAUGGGGAAGAUGAAGCGUGUUUUGGACACCACUCAGGAUAACUAUGAGCGCGAGCUGCAACUUCAUGCGGCGGAGGUGGCAAAGUCGUCAUCGUCGCGUCGAGAAAUGGAGGAACUUCGCAAGGUUGUAUGUGAACAGGAGGCAACUAUCAAGUCUCUGAACAUCAAGGUGCAAUCAGUAAGAAAGGAGCUAAAUCUUGAGUUGGAGACUUUGCAGAAGCAUCUAGACGAUGCCGUUGAGGCCAAGAACGUCGUUUUGGAACAAAAUAAACUAUUACAUUCGCAGCUAGAGCGCGCAGCGACUCAGGUACGUCGUGCUCACGAACAAGAAUUGCUGAACGUGUCAGGCUCUCAACAGGAUGCUGGUGAAGCGGUCGUAGCAUUCAACGCACAUGACAAAGAAAUUGAUGACCUCAGAAGUGUAGUCGCUUAUUUGCGCAAAACAAGCGAGAUCGCCGAGUCAAAAUUAGAAAUAUCACAGCAAGAAGUUCAGCGUAGUCGUGCCCAGAUCUUUAGCCUAGAGAGCACGAUUAUCCGCCUUCGUGAAGAAGUGAAAUUCCUUUCUGAUGCAGCAACUGCUGCUAGCCAGCAGGCAACAGUAUCUUCUGCUGAUGACGAAAAGCGCGUGGCUCAAAUAGAGCAACUGAGUCUGUUGCGCGAAAGCAAUGCGACUUUGCGCGACGAGAAUCAAAAGAACCUAGCGAGGUUCAAGGAAGCAGAGGCAAAGGUUCGAAAUCUUGAGGCAAAAAUUGUGCCUUUGCAAAACGCUGAGACCUCGCUCAAGAUCCAAGUGGCGUCUUUAAAACAGGAAGUUGAAACGCUUAAUGAUGCUAACAAACGCUGGAAACAACGUGUCGAUCAAUUGGUAGAAAAGUAUCAGCAGAUUGACCCGGCAGAUCAUGAAAAGCUCCUAUUAGAGAAAGAAGCGAUGACAGAGGAGCUGGCCAAAAUAAAGACCGGACAAAGUGCUUUGAAGGCAGAACUAGAGACGCUACGUUCAAGAGGUGGCAAAGAACUCGAAGAAGAGAAGAAAAAAGUCGAAAACUGGAUGAAACAAUACGAGCGUAUUAAAGGUUUUGCCAAAAACUGGAAGAAUAAGGCGGAGGCUUUGACCAAACAGCUUGCAGAGAAAAACAAAGAAGUGGAGGAUCGUACAAGUGUCGUUGCAAUGUUAGAGGCUAAGCUUAUCUCCGUUCAGACACAAAUAAGCACUGUGACGACGGAGAAGUCCGCAUUGGAAAUGAAGUUGGCAACGUGUGAGGUUGCGAGGCAAGAGAGCGUUGCAGCAGCUAGUGGUGUUAGUGCAUCAUGGGAGAAAGAACGCCAAGCUUUAAAGGCGCAAUUGGAGAUAGAAACAAAGAAAAGUACGCAGCUUAAGGAUUUUAACGCGCGUUUGAUGUCGGGAUUAAAGACUUUGAAGAAAGAAAAUAGCGAGUUAAAGGAUAACGCCGCGAACGCUUCCCAGUCUUCUGUACCACAAGAUAAAACACCUUUACUUUCUCCACCCGGUUCACCUCCACAGAUAUCUUCUCAGGCAACAAGUACAGCCCCUACGAAGCCAGCUCCAGCUCUAUCCAAGCCAAGUGCAGCUCCUGCGCUGUUGUUUUCGUCACCAAAGCCAGGAGCCCAGACUGAGCCGGUGGUAUCGCAGUCAAGCGCUGUCACGACUGAAGCAAAUAAAUCUGUUGCUCCGAUAGCUGCACAAGGCACCAUAUCAGUUGCUUCUGCAGCCUCUUCAUCUCCACAAUGUCUGCCCAUCAGUACAGUAAUAUCAACCGUAAAUACUGCCACCUCGACAGCAAAUGCUACGACUGCGCCAGCGCUUUCUAUUUAUCAACCAACAGUGAAGCCUGUGGUAAUCUCUCCAGCUCAAGCAGCCACUGAAAUCGCACCUACAUCUGCACUAUCAGUGCCCGUGCCCCCGGUGGUCGUACCUACGAAAGUAGAGACAGAGAGCUCAAAUCACGAGUCUGCAAUGACGUCCGAGGAACAGUUGCGCCAAUAUGCGCUACGGUCGAUAAAAAAGCAGGUGGGUGGUGCAACUCGGUCUACCUCGACGAAAGAUCUCGUUCCUUCUGCUAGUGCUGUCACAGUUGUUUCACCUGCAAUAACCGAGACGGUGACAGUAUCGGAGACGCCAGAACACUUGGAAUUUAGUGCUGGCACGAGCUUUGGUGCAUUUGGGUCAGGAGGCCCAAGCGGGCUUGUAUUUGGCAAACCAGGUAUAUCUCUGCCCAUCCCUUCAGCGACGUCUCCCGCUGCAUCAAAUCCGCCGCAUCUAUCACUGACUGGCGAGAGCGUACCUCCAGAGGCUAUGCGCCGUAGUCAGCGACUUGCGCGGUUUAGCGCUAGUGGAGACGCCACGACUAGCGCUUCGAUCCCUUUGGUACCUGGAAGUAGUAGCACGAAGCGACCGCUAAAUGAUGCCGAAGAAGGCGCUACUUCCAUGCCUAAGGUUGCCAAGACAAGUGACAACCAGACGACGAAGACUACACCGGCGUCUACAACCAUGAGCGUGGCUAACAACACGAUUUCGGAGGGAAGAGAAGAGGACGACGAUCCUUCACAAACAGAGACGACUGAAUCGCAGUCAACUCCACAACCGCAGUAA